CGAUGAUUAUUAAUGAUGAUGAAGCCAUGAUGAUGACCAUCGAUGAUAAUGAUGAUCAUAUGGUUAAUAGUGAUGAUACAAAUAUUCUUAUUGAAUCUUGGAAUCGUAGUGGAUUUCAAUUACCAGAUAUAAAUACACUGCCAACACCUAUAAUAAUAUUAUCAAUCAUAGCCAUAGUGUUCAUCCUAUGGAUGGUCAUAAAAUUCAUUCAAGCAUUAUGGACAUUUUUUAUCUGUUAUAUGCUCGGUUUUGGUGCAAAAUGGCGGCCCGGAUCGGACAGUUGGGCCAUUAUAACCGGUUCAACCGAUGGUAUUGGUUUAGCUUAUGCUAAAGCGAUGGCUAAAAAAGGUUAUUGUGUAUUUCUUCUUAGUCGUAAUCAACAAAAAUUGGAUAAAGUUAAAGCCGAUAUACUCAAUGAAUGUCCUAAAUGUCCACAAGUGAAAACAAUGGCCGUAGAUUUUACAUUGGAUACAAUUUAUAAACAUAUUAGUGAUGAAAUUCAUGCCCUAAAUGGCCAUGUACAUGUUCUUAUCAAUAAUGUUGGUAUGGCAUAUAAAUAUCCAGAAUAUUUUACAAAAAUACCGAAUUCUGAUCAAUUCAUUACGAAUAUAUUGAAUUGUAAUAUAUUAUCUGUGACACGUAUGACACAUAUUAUAUUACCAAUAAUGGAAGCACGACGUUCCGGUAUUAUAAUUAAUGUUGCAUCAUAUUCAGCACUAUUUCCAACACCAUUUCUUGCCAUUUAUUCGGCAUCAAAAAUUUAUAUGGAUUAUUUUUCACGUGCAUUACAUUCCGAAUAUUCUGAUCGUGGUAUUGUCGUACAAUCUGUAUUACCAUAUUAUGUAUCAACAAAUAUGAUACGUAAUCCAACCAUUUCAUUUAUGAUACCAUCACCUGAUCAAUUUGUUCAUUCAGCAUUGAAAACUGUUGGCGUUGAAACACGUACAUAUGGAUAUUUUGCCCAUAAUGUAUUAGCAUUUUUUCAAUCAUUUAUUGUUAAAUUUAUUAUUGGCAAUAAUCUUAAUACAAAAAUUGCCUAUUUCCGUAUGAAACGGCUACGUAAAGGAUGCUAUAAACGUAAAGGACUUAGCCAUUAUGUAUGAAUAAUAAUAAUAAUAAAUUUUUGGACAAUUCA